UAGUGAUGAGGCUGAGGUCCGCGGCGGAGCGAUCUGCGCCACGACAAAGAGACGAGAUGUUCGCCGCAGCUUGAUCCCCACUCAGGGCGCACGCCGUAUUAUGGUGGAAACAAAAGCGUAAAAGGCGAGAGGGCUCACCGUGCACUUUUCACUAACUCGGCCUACUUCUUGGUAGUUUAUUUUAAUUGAGUAAAGAUUUCGUGCGUGGGCCAAUGGAGAAGAAAAGGUGGGAUUGCACAGCUCUUCCCAAGGGCUGGAAAAUGGAAGAAGUGACCAGAAAGUCCGGUUUGUCAGCUGGGAAAAGCGACGUGUAUUAUUUUAGGUAUUGCACUCACAGGGUGACCCAACCACAAUCUUUUAUUAGCAGAGGAGAAGAGCAAGAUGAGGAGCAGAGGCAGGAGAGGGGGGAGGCGGGUCGGUUGUAUAGUUUGUGUCCAUCUGGGAAGAAGUUUCGGAGCAAACCUCAAUUGGCCCGUUACCUGGGAAACCAGAUGGACCUGAGCUCCUUUGAUUUCCGCACAGGAAAGAUGCUGAUGAGCAAACUCAACAAGAACCGGCAGAGGAUGAGGUACGACAACAACAGCCAGAACAAGGGCAAACCAGAUUUGAACACAUCCCUCCCAGUCCGGCAGACGGCCUCCAUCUUUAAACAACCAGUUACAAAAGUCACCAAUCACCCCAACAACAAAGUGAAGACAGAUCCUCAGAAAGCUGUUGACCAGCCACGACAGUUAUUUUGGGAGAAGAAACUUAGUGGGCUCAAUGCUUUUGACAUUGCAGAGGAACUUGUAAAAACAAUGGAACUUCCAAAAGGUUUACAAGGUGUUGGUCCAGGCUGUACAGAUAAAACUCUUCUAUCGGCCAUUGCGAGUGCUCUUCACACGAGUGCAGCUCCCAUCACGGGUCAGCUGUCUGCAGCAGUGGAGAAAAACCCUGGAGUUUGGCUCAACACAGCACAGCCUCUGUGCAAAGCAUUUAUCGUCACAGAUGAAGAUAUCAGGAAGCAGGAGGAGCUGGUGUACAGUGUGAGGAAAAGGCUAGAGGAGGCGCUUAUGGCCGAUAUGCUGGCCCACGUCGAGGAGGCCGCCAAUGAAGGAGAGACCCUGAAGGAGGAAGGCAACGGCAGCGAAGACAGUGAGAAUGUAUAGCACAGGAUCUGAAGUUUGAAAGUUUUGGUUUAUUCCUGAUUAUUUUGCCACAAACACGUACUGAAGUCCCUCUCUUCAUUAUUGUCUGAAAUGCAUCAUGGAUACAUUAUUUUUUUGGACAACACAUAUUUUAGCUGACUAAGAUUUUGAGCUCAACUAAUUUGGAUCGAAAAUGAAAUGUAACCUCAGUGUGAAUAUAAUCAGUGUUUGCAAAAAGGUUUGUAUGUUGAUGACAAUCACCCAAAUUGUUCUUUCUGGCGAUAGAAUAUAUGGUGAUUUGGUGUUAUUUCCAUUUAAAAAAAUGUUAUCAAGCACUCCAAUAAUUUUGAGCCAGGCAGACAGUUUCAAACCAGAUUUAGCAGAACAAGCUAAUCUGAAAGAACUGUUGAAGUAUAUGCUACAACCACAACUUAUUUUUGACCUCAAACAUUUAUUUUGUGUGUCAUUUUCAGUAUUGACCAAAGAGGAGACAUUUUGCUUUGUAACUACAAAAACGAUGGAAGUUAACCUGAACGUAGACUGACCAUAAUGCUAAGGACUUGAUACCUCCUCUUCCUGUUCAUUGUAAUUACAGGUGCUUUAUUGGUGCUGUUUAACACUGCAUUUUUGUACCAGGAUUUCACAGCUUCAGCCCAUGUUAUUUCAACUUUUUAAUGUUACUACACACAGACUGCCUCCUCUACCCACGCACAAAACUGGUCAUGAGUAAUUUUGUAUUUUUAUCCCUGUUGAUUAUUAUUUUUAUUGGAUCCACUGAAAUCCUGUCAUUGUGUAUCAACAGGCUAUAUGUUGAAAUUGAUUGUAUUAUUAAAAUUAGUCCAAAUGUCACAAA